CAGUAGGUGGCGGUAAUGCACAUGUUUGUUUGCCAACCGCCAAUAAAACCAAAUAGAAGAAGAAGAAGAAGAAGAAGACCUGACUCUUCAGGACAAAACGAGAAUUUAAACCUGACGACGACCUUGCUGCUGUUUCGGGCUGUCAGAUUGUAAUAAAUAACAACUCAUCAUCCCACACUUAUCAGUUCUGGUUUCUCGCUGUAGGGCCCAGCCAUGUUUCUCACCAUGGCGCUACUGAGGAAAGGGAUCCCCGGGAAGCAGUGGAUCGGAAAGUACCGGCGACCGAGGGCCAUCACCUGGCAGAUGAAGCGCAACAUGGUGAACCAGCUGGAGCGCGAGGCGGAGAACGAGUACUGGAUCAGCCGGCCCUACAUGACCGCUGAGCAGGAGUUCUGCCACGCAGCAGAGCGCAGAGCCCAGAGCUGGCUCAAAAUUAAGGAGAGCAGAUUCUCCAAGUUUCCUGAACACAAAUACAUUGCAGAUCACCUCAGCCACCUCAACACCACCAAAACGUGGUCAAGUUAAUUGGAACAAUGAACUUGUUUUUUUCCCCCUCAUGUUCUAUGGGUGAUAACUGUAAAUUAAACCUCUGUUUUGUGUAUAGAUUGGUGAAUGUGUUUCUAGUUAAUCCCGUUCGAUUCAAAUCUCCCUGCGACAUGAUCAUUACUUUGAAGUUGUCUCUUAUCUGUUGUGUUGUGUGGGGUUAUCACACCAUGCAACACAACUUUUCGUAAUUUUUUAUUGUUUUUUAAAACGAUGGUUGAAACCUAUUCAUCUUUGAUAAGUUUUCCUUUUUUUGUGAACAUUAAUUUAGCAUGGUUCGCUCUAAUUGCUAUAUAUGAUAAAUGUAUGUGGGUGAGCCUAAAUCAAUUGCUAAGUAAAUUAUUACAGCAAGA